AUGCGAGCACGAAUGGAAAGCUUGGAGAAUACCUUGUCUCAAGUAGUCCAGCGCCUAAGAAGUCAUGAGCAAGGUCUUCCGGCUCAAGUGUCACCCGAACAACCCAUGCAAGCGGACUUGACAAAUGACAACGAGCCGGUCUUGGAGGUAGAGCAAACAACUUCUCAGGGCUUGAUUCAGCCUCCCGCGAGAGAGGCAUUGACUGUGGUUGCUCGAGCUUACCUGAAGUAUUGCGAAUGUCAGCCCAUCCCCUUGUUUGAUGAGGCCACAUUCGUGCAGUCACUUCCUAGCCGGGAACCCGAACUAUUAUACAGCGUGUUUGCAAUAGCGUCACGCUUUUGCGACGAUAUCCAGGUGCCUCACCAUAAUUCUAACCAAAUCACCCGUUAUUGUGAGGCAGCUUACCGGUUAGUGAUGGCCCGUCUCAUCGAUGGCAAUGUUGAGCUUUCUACCUUGCAAACUCUCUGCCUGCUUUCACUGCUGUAUCUCAACCUCGGCCGCCAUGAGAAGAGUCAUUUGAUGUGCUCUCAGGCUGCCUCACUAGCAAAGUCUGCGCGCCUUUACAGUCACGCCGCCAUCAACAAUCAAAAGGAGGAAACCAGCCGGUGUUUCUGGGGAGUUGUGUUACUGUGCAGGUUACUCGGUCAGCCUGAGCAGCUCACUACACACCUCCAAGCUUCCGCCAUUCCGUUUCCAAGUAGUCCUUCGACGCCCGGGCAUGUUCUACGCACACCUAUUUCGACCCAGCAUGAAUUCCCCCAUUCAUUUGGAAUCAUGCAGGUCAUUUGUCAACUCAGUGGUGUCUGGUCUAUGGCACUGAACUACAUACAAUCCUCUAGUGUGUCUCCCGAUAGGGAUGGCUUUCCGUGGAACCCUGAUUCCCUAUACGCCAGGACAACAGCCGCACUAAUGGACCUAGGGCUCAAGCUUCCCUUGGCACAUAGAUAUCGAAGCAUCAAGAUACCAAGCCUUACUGGUCGGAUGUUGGAAGAGGCCCGACCAUACUGGGGCCCAUGGUUUCUCAGUCGCAUGAUGUACCACACCAUCCUCUGCAUUUUAAACCACCCUCUCCUCCUAACCCUCCAGAUUCAUGGCGUCCACAACGCAUCAGAAGCCUUCCUGCAACAGACCCUCUUCUCGAUAUCAAAUCAUGUCACAUGGGCCAUGCACUUCAUCCAUUUGAUGAAAUCCAAGCAGUUUUCGUCAACCGACUUCAUCACCAUUUAUUGCGUUGCUGUCGUGGCUACUGUCGACCUUCAGCGCAGCUUCUCUCGGGCCGAGGAAGCAUGCAACAAAAGUAAACAAAAUUUUGAGGAAUGCGUGGAGUUUAUCGAGACUCUGGGCAACAAGUGGGAGUGUGCUAAAAGAAUUGUCAAGAAGCUCCGACACCUGGAAGCAGACAUGUCUUCCUGGUCCCGUUCUAACCCUCGAAAUGAAGACGAAGAUAUCCCGGUAGAUGUAUCCGGCAUAUUUGGUAUCCUGGACUUUGCCAAUUCGUUCUCCGACUUAUCUUCCUCUGGGACCAUGCAAGACUCCAUCUUCGGGCCCAGCCUUGGUCAAGAGAUUCUAAAGGCUGGAUUAGAACGUCCAGGUUAUACUCAUCUACCUGAACUAGGACCUGUUCGUCCGGAUAUGACCUCCUGUCAGCUGCCAACACCAGCUGAUGGUCAAACUACUCUUGGAAAUGAAGUUGGAGAAGAGGCCGCCUUUGUCGGCGACUUUAUCCUUCCAGCGAGCGAGUUCUUCGGCGGCCCAUUGCAUGAGCUAGGGUUACCAGCAGGCGAUUCGGCAUUACAGUGGUUUUAA